AUGGAAGAACAGUAUAACAUGGCUGAUGACGUGAAACUGAUACUCCCGGCCGUAAAGACUGUCUUAAUCAAAAUAGAUGAAGUACAUAAAGCUGAUGUACGCACUAACGCGGAGGCUAUCUCUGCUCUCAAUGGCAAAGCCGAUGAAGCGAAUGCUCAGCUUGCCAAGCAUGGUGAGUUGUUGCAGCAGAUACUGGAGCUUCUUCAACGUCCAGUAGCAGUUCCUACACCCUCCUUCACAGCAAUGGAUCGCCUCUCACUGGAUCAGGCUCUCGAAGUUGGUCUUCUUAAAGCUAGAUCGCUGAGCGUUCUUGAACAGCGAAUGGACAUAAUAGCAUUGAGUCUUGAUAACCUCUUCUCUAGUCAUGAUGAUGACAAAGAGGAGGAGAAAGACUUUACUAAUGUUGUUGCUAUUGUCCCUACAACACAACCUGAAGCUGAUGCUCAAAGAGUUGAAGCUAAUGAAGCUAAGGUUGUUGAUGAUGCCAUCACUACCCAUGAAGCUGAAGCUGAGGUUGUUGAGGAUGCCGUCAUAGCUGAUGCUGAAGCUCAUGACGAAGACCUUCCUAUCACCCCUACAGUUGAUGCUGGUGAUGAGGAAGAUGAAGGUGAAGAUGAUGACGAUGACUCUCCAUCCAUUCCUGACGCUGGAAAAGAUCUUGGUGGUGAUGAUGAUGAAGACGACGAUGACGAUGACUUCAUGAUUCUGUACCACAAACCUUCCAGUGCUCUAAAAGGAGUCUCUCUCAGGGAUUCUUCAUCCCAGGGGAGAAAGAGAAAGAAAAAGAGAA